AGCAGUUAGAAAGCUGUACCACCAGAUACGGUUGGUCUUCCUGAGCGCAGCAGCACAGAUUGCAGGCUGGUUAACGGCAGCUUGACAACAGCUUGACAACCAAAGAUGUCGUUGGGCUUUGGUGUGAGAGUGCUUGUUCUCUCCCUUUUGGCUUUUGGGCACGAUGCAAAUGCACUGCGUGACAAAAGUGAAGGCAUCAGUGGCAUUGGGCCUCUCUUUUCUUAUCCCAGAAGACGGAGCCCUGCUUUUGUGUCUCAAUAUGAGAGCUCUGCACAGCCUGGAGGAUUUCUGGGUACCCAGAGUGGAAAUGGGCCAGUAGAUGGUUACAGUCGAGAUGGAAGUGUUUCUAGUUACGUCCCUAGCUCACAGAUCCUUAGGAAAUCUCCAAAGAACUCUCAGCAGCCACCUCAAACUAACACUUAUGGUAAUGGUGUAUUGUGGACCAACAGUGGCAACUUGGAUUUGGUCCCUCAACAAAAAGGAUAUAGCAUUGAGUCUGGUAUUGCCUCAAGUAGUGCAAUUAUUAUGCAAUCUGAUCCUCAACCCAGUGCGUUCAAUCUGGGCUACCCACAAAAUUGGCUGAGGACCCAGGAGUCGCCCCCUUUCAAAAUUGGUUUCCCAACAAAAGCAGUUCAUGAGCAGAGCACCUCCGAUACUGUCUACCCCCAGGAGCUUCCCACAUCGACUAUGAUCUACCCACAGGAGCAGCCCACCUCAAAUCUUGUCUACCCUCAGAAGCCCCCCAGGCCCCAGGAGCUGCCCACUUCCAAUACUGGCUACCCUCAGGAGUUUCCCACAUCAAAUCUUGUCUACCCUCAGAAGCCACCCAGGCCCCGGGCACUGCCCGCCUCUAAUACUGGCUACCCUCAGAAGCCCCCCAUGCCCCAGGAGCUGCCGACUUCCAAUACUGGCUACCCUCAGAAGCCUCCCAGGCCCCAGGGGCUGCCCACUUCCAAUACUGGCUACCCUCAGGAGCUUCCCACAUCAAAUCUUGUCUACCCUCAGAAGCCACCCAGGCCCCGGGCACUGCCUGCCUCUAAUACUGGCUACCCUCAGAAGCCCCCCAUGCCCCAGGAGCUGCCCACUUCCAAUACUGGCUACCCUCAGAAGCCCCCCAUGCCCCAGGAGCUGCCAACGUCCAAUACUGGCUACCCUCAGAAGCCCCCCAGGCCCCAGGGGCUGCCCACUUCCAAUACUGGCUACCCUCAGAAGCCCCCCAUGCCCCAGGAGCUGCCAACUUCCAAUACUGGCUACCCUCAGGAGCUUCCCACAUCAAAUCUUGUCUACCCUCAGAAGCCCCCCAUGCCCCAGGAGCUGCCCACUUCCAAUACUGGCUACCCUCAGAAGCCCCCCAUGCCCCAGGAGCUGCCAACUUCCAAUACUGGCUGCCGUCGAAUGCCCCCCAGACCCCAGGGGCCACCCACCUUCAAUACUGGCUACCUUCAAACGGCGCCGAGGCCCCAGGAGCUGCCCACCUUCAAUACUGGCUACCUUCAAAAACCGCUGAUGCCCCAGCAGUUGACUACUCUCAGUUCUGUCUACCAACCACAUAAACUCAACCCCCAGAAAGGGGUGUUUCAAACUAAAGCUGGCAUGUGGGACUUGGUUUCAGGUUCUAUUUUGCCACCACCUAGGCCCCAAAAGCUUCCCACUUCCAAUACUGGCAACCUUCAAAAACCGCCGAGGCCCCAGCAGUCGAACAGUAUACCAGGUAGCGGCAUCCACUAGUGCCGUUGUAAAACAUUGACCUCGUCGUUCGCCGCAGUUCCUGACUUUCUGAAAGCAGUCUGUCCUGACAUCUGCCUUUUGUCAAAUUCAAUAAAGUACUUUGAACUGCA